GGCUGGUGCAAACUGGAAGAGCCAUGCUAAGGAUGACACUACACAGCAAGAAUCUGAUACAGUGUCAUACAACCAUUUUUGGAAUUGCGCUAAAUCAUCGCAAAAUGAAACAGGGAUUAUGAUUAUUGAUGAAUUCGAAUAUUGGAGAAAUCUUCAAGAUUUCUCAGAGCCGUGGUACAAAACAUUAUGCCAUGAGUAUCGACAUUUACGAAAAGAAGAACUUCCGGAUGGCGUCGAGUUUGGAAUCGCAUAUAAAACGAUUUCUAUUAAUGUACAUACCUAUCUUAAUUACCUUCUCAAUACUUUCACCUUAUUGGGUGGCACCACGCAACGCGUCAAUUUAUCUCAUUUACUUGAAUGUAUUGGAAGUGAAACCGAUGUUGUAAUAAAUUGUUCGGGCAUUCAUGCCAGAACAUUAAAGGGUGUUGAAGACCCUAAGGUUUAUGCGGUGAGGGGCCAACUGGUAGUCGCACAGUUUCCUCGACCACAGAAUUGGGCUUUUUUUGUACAUGGUGAUAAAAGGCCUGAAAUGACGUAUGCAAUACCGCGUGACAAUGGUGAAGUCAUUCUUGGUGGGACUUAUGAAGAGCAUAACUAUUCGACAGAUAUUAAUUAUGACAUAGCUACAGGAAUUAUUCGACGAUGUCUCGCUGUUCGCCCUGAUCUCAAACCAAAGGAUCAACCUCAACUAACAAUUAAGGAGCAUAUAGUUGGUUUUCGACCUUGUCGUAAGGGUGGUGUAAGGGUCGAUGCUGAAUGGACCACUUUUAGAGAAUCCGGUAAAAAAGUUCUCAUUUGUCACAAUUAUGGUCAUGGGGGUGCUGGUAAAUAG